AGCUCGGAGGGAGGGAAGGAACAAACAAUGAGAUCGUAGAGAGAGAGAGAGAGAGAGAGAGAGAGAGAGAGAGAGAGUGUGAAGCAGAGAGAUUCGCGCGGAAGGCAGGGGAAAGGAAAUUGAAGGGAAGAGGACUCAUCGGACCUCUCCCCUUCCCUCCCCCGAAAUUCCCGCUCUUCUUUUUUCUAUUUGCGCCCAUCAUUCCCGAACCCCAUUUUAAUGUUCUGCCUGUUCUUCUUCUAAUCAUUGCUGUUGGUGCUGUUGCUUUUGCCUCUGAUCAUCAUUCAACCAACCCCACCAAUCGGCCUCUGCUGCGUUAUUUGGAAUUUUGGCGGUGUCUCAAAGCUCUAAUUGCAUAUGAGAAUGGUUGAUGCUUGAUGACCUUUUGAGGUUAAGAUGGAUUCAGCUAGGAGUUGGCUUCAGAAAUUCCAGCCUCGAGAUAAGUUGAGAGCAACAUCGAGGAAGAAGGACCCGAGUGGCUCUGGGAGAGAGGAAGGAUCUGUCCCAUCAGGAGACGAUGUGCCCUCUAGCGUCACGAAACAGAGAGUUGCUGCUGCGAAGCAGUACAUCGAGAAUCACUACAAGGAGCAGAUGAAGAAUCUGCAGGAGAGGCGGGAAAGACGUAAUAUUUUGGAGAAAAAGCUGGCUGAUGCUGAUGUCUCUGAGGAAGAUCAAAAUAACCUCCUUAAGUUCCUGGAGAAGAAGGAAACAGAGUAUAUGCGCCUUCAGAGGCAUAAAAUGGGUGCUGAUGAUUUUGAGUUGCUGACAAUGAUAGGCAAAGGUGCUUUUGGUGAGGUUAGAGUUUGCAGGGAAAAGACAACGGGUCAUGUAUAUGCCAUGAAAAAGCUUAAGAAAUCAGAGAUGCUUCGUCGAGGUCAGGUUGAGCAUGUCAAAGCUGAGAGGAAUCUUCUUGCUGAAGUUGACAGCAACUGCAUUGUGAAGCUAUACUGCUCUUUUCAAGAUGAGGAGUUCCUUUACCUUAUUAUGGAGUAUUUGCCUGGUGGGGAUAUGAUGACUUUGCUCAUGCGUAAGGAUAUAUUGACUGAAGCUGAAGCGAGAUUUUAUGUUGCGGAGACUGUUUUAGCCAUCGAAUCAAUUCAUAAGCACAAUUACAUCCAUAGAGACAUAAAACCGGAUAACUUGUUGCUGGAUAGAUACGGGCACCUGAGACUCUCAGAUUUUGGGCUCUGUAAGCCCUUAGAUUGCAGUACUUUAGAGGAGAAGGAUUUUCAAAUAGGAAACAACAAUGAGUCCUCGCAGAAUGAUGAUCGUCCAGCAGCUCCAAAGCGGACACAACAAGAGCAAUUGCAACACUGGCAGAGGAACAGGAGGAUGCUUGCUUACUCCACUGUUGGUACUCCUGACUAUAUUGCUCCAGAGGUCUUGUUGAAGAAAGGUUAUGCGAUGGAAUGUGAUUGGUGGUCGCUUGGUGCUAUUAUGUAUGAGAUGCUCGUGGGUUAUCCUCCUUUUUAUUCCGAUGAUCCGAUGACUACAUGUAGAAAGAUUGUGAAUUGGAGAACUCACUUGAAGUUUCCUGAAGAAGCAAAGCUUUCUCCAGAAGCAAAAGAUCUGAUCAGCAAGCUUCUAUGCAACGUGAAUCAGAGGCUGGGAGCAAAUGGCGCCAGUGAAAUAAAGGUCCAUCCCUGGUUUAAUGGUAUCCAAUGGGAUCAGCUAUACCAAAUGGAAGCUGCCUUUAUUCCUGAGGUUAAGGAUGAGCUGGACACACAGAAUUUUGAAAAAUUCGACGAGUCUGAGAACAAUGCUCAAAGUUCAUCAAAAUCAGGCCCAUGGAGAAAGAUGCUUUCAUCUAAGGACAUCAAUUUCGUGGGCUACACAUACAAGAACUUCGAGAUUGUGAAUGAUUAUCAAGUUCCCGGGAUGGCGGAGUUGAAGAAGAAGAAGUCUCAAACGAAGAGGCCAUCCAUCAAGUCACUUUUCGAGGGCGAUUCCGAGACCACUGAUUAGUCGAGCAGCUGUGACAUAAAACCGAACUCCCCUUCUACCAGGCAGAUGUAUCGGCCUUCCACAAAUUGCUAUCAAUGUCACCUCUGUCAAGGCUCUCUUGCCAGGUUAACUUCAGAUGGCUGAACUCGAAGGUCUCGAAAAACUGUUGGAAGUUCUCAACUUUUGAAGGAACUUCCGUUUCUACAGGAUGAUAUAGAUUUUCAACACAGAUUCUUUUAUCUUCUUUAACCAUGGACGCAUAACUUUUACAUCUUUUGUCGUCUUUUUAGAUCGUGUACAUCUACGACAGUAAUAUAUGACCUAUUGAUUCUGUAAUAUACAAGCGAGGAUGUUGACACUCGCCCGGUUAUUAGUGUACAAAGGUUUUGGAGGAUCCUGUGGUCUUCCUUUGUUGCA